GAAGUCUCUCGUCAAUCAUCAUGAAUUAGUUACAACUUACAAGUAUAACUAAAAUUAUUGGAAUCAACAAAAACGUGUUCCAAAUAGUGUCAAUAAAUACAACACUUCUUACUCAUCCUUCCAUUCUAAAUUAGAGAUCAAGAAUUUACAGUAUUUGAAACUUCAAAAUGGCGAAAAUCUACCGGAAGUUGACACGCUACGGUGGUGAAGGAGGGCGUGAAUGGGACGAUGAUGUAUAUGAGGGUGUAAGAAAAGUGUAUGUAGGACAAGAUAUCAAUCGUAUCACUUACGUCAAAUUCGAGUAUGUGAAGGAAGACGGCAAAGUAGUAACAAGUGAAUAUGGGACAAUAAAUCAACAACCCAAAGAGUUUGUACUUCAAUAUCCGGACGAACAUAUCAUAGCGGUGGAGGGAAACUACCGCGGAGUGGCUCUAUGUGCCACGGAUGUGAUCACAAACCUCGUCUUCAAGACCUCAAAGGGUAGAAAGUCUCCAUUGUUUGGUCCAAACUUGCUUGGAAUUACAACCGGUACAAAGUUUGUUAUUGAGGAUGGGGGAAAGAAGAUCGUAGGGUUUCAUGGACGGUCGGGUAAUGCUCUCGACGCACUUGGAGUUUACUUUGUACAUGGCUCUUUAACCACGUCUCCGCCAGUUUACAAGCUGGAUGCGCAAGGUGGUCCAGGGGGACGUGUUUGGGAUGAUGGUUCUUAUGACGGCGUUAAAUCGCUGCGUAUUGGUCAAGAUAAUUCUCGUAUAACUUAUUUAGAGUUCGAGUACGAGAAAGGCGGUAAGUUAGAGACACGUCACCAUGGGGUGAAACAAGAAAGAUCACUGAAGUUUGAGCUUAACCCGGAUGAAUACAUCAAAUCAGUGGAAGCAACCUAUGAUAAACCGGACUUCUUCCGCAAUGUCGUCAUUACAUCGCUUACAUUCGAAACAUCGAAGGGGAGAACAUCAUUCUCUGGAUAUAAGGGUGGUAAGAAGUUUAAGCUAGAGCAGAAGGGUCGCAAGCUUGUCGGGUUCCAUGGAAAGGAAGGUUCAGCUAUUGAUGCUCUUGGAGCAUAUUUUGCACCUGUUCCUACUCCUACUCCUAUAAUUCCAGCCAAGAAACUACCAGCAAUAGGCGGCAACGGAGGAGUUGCAUGGGAUGAUGGUGUCUACGAUGGUGUGAGGAGGAUACUUGUAGGACAAGGAAACGAUGGUGUAGCCUUUGUCAAGUUUGAGUACAAUAAAGGAAAAGAUGUUGUAUCCGGAGAUGACCAUGGGAAGAUGACAUUACUUGGAACUGAAGAGUUUGUGCUUGAAGAUGGUGAAUAUCUAACUGCCAUAGAUGGCUACUACGAUAAGAUUUUCGGAGUCGAGACACCGAUGAUAAUUUGUCUUCAGUUUAAGACGAACAAAAGGGAGUCAACUCCGUUUGGAAUGGAUUCCGGUGAGAAGUUCUCACUCGGAGAGAUAGGCCACAAGAUCGUCGGAUGCCACGGACAAGCUAGUGAUGUUGUUCAUAGCAUCGGAGUCACUGUCGUGCCAAUCACCACAACCAAGUGAAAAACCUUCUAUUAUAUUAGUAAAACCAGCCACUGUCAUGUCGACAAAAUAAACUUCCAAUAAGGAUUGGUGUGUGUUCUCUUUACUCUGCUACUUUUAUGUGUUUGUAAGUUACUGUUUCUGUCAAAUGUGUCCAAUAAGAUUGGUGUGUGCUCUCUUCAACCAUUCAAUAAAUCUACCAUGAGCCG